UUAAUUAGGCACAAUGUCGUUUAGCUAACAUCGUAUGUAUCAAUGUAUAAAUCUAAAAAUGGAUUCUCCAAACGAAUUAAAAAAGGUUAGUUUUUUUAGAGGCCUAUUCGAAAUAAAAAGACCUAGUAAAAGUGUUCAAAGUGCUACACUACCAAGAACAAAUAGUAAAAAAUCAAUAGACGAGGAUGACGUAAGUAAAGACAGACUAUUUGUCAGACAUAACACUUACCGCAGCAGAACGAAAAAAAAUAAGUACAGAAAGGAAAAUACCAAAAAACCAGACGAAAAAUUAAUCGAAAAAGGUGAAAAUAGUGUAAAACAAAUUUGUCAACAGUUCGAAGAAAAUAGAUUAGUUCAAGCAAACAAAACCAAAGAUAAUAUCAAAAUCAAUAAAGAGAAAGAAGAAUCGCCAGAAACGGUUAUCGGAAGAGUGCUAGGAAAUUCAGAAACACAGUUGAUUCUGUUAAAAAAAAUACAUGAAAAUGCUGAAGUCAAAAAGCGAAUUUACGACAAAAAUGCUAAACAAACGCGAGAGAAAAAAAUUCAAAGUUUCGUAGAGGCUGAAAAUGAAGAAGAGGCUGAAGAGUAUAGAAAAAGUUUAAUAAACGAAAUGGAUAAGGAACUGGCUCAAAUGAGAGAAGAUGGAUUUUUAGAUGAAGACGAAAAUGUUUUAAUAAACGGUUCACAACAACAAAUAGGAGAGACUGACGAAGUAUUUUACAACGAUGAUAAUACGUUUUUGACAAAAAUGCGAUUAAAUAAACUAAACAAUGAUGCACAUACAUACUCAGACGAAAAAGAAGAAGAAAUAAUUCAUAACAAGGAAGAUAAUAUUGUGGAAAGAAAAGAAUAUGAGGCUGCUUUAGAUAGCAAGUUCAGUAAUGAAUUCGGUGAAAACUUAGAGGAUGAUCUGAAAAAUGGAUGCGAAGCAAUAAACGGGAUCUUCUCUCACAAUGAAAGCAAAACAUUCGAUUUCUUUCAUGAUAUGAACACAAUUGAACAAGAAAUACCAACCAAACAAGAAGAAGUUCGUAAAGUAGAAUUAUGUGAUAAAAGUGACGUUGAGAAUAUGCGUGAGUUAAUGAAGCAAGAAUUAGCACCGUCAAGUAACAACGAAGCAUUGUACGAAUAUAUAGAAAUUCCAAAUGAAAAUAAUCCUCAGUCACCUUUUUAUAUUUUUGCUCCCGUUUCCAAUAGAUCGACCAUAUAUUCAACGACUUCUCAAGAAAGUUCAGUAAUUGACGACGACGAUGAUGAUGAAGGUAUUGAAAUUUGUAGAACCAAAGAUGGGGAAAAGGUUUACCAUAAUGUUAGAAGGGAAACAUUUUCUGAUAAUAAAGGUAUAAUUAGAAUUGAAAGGGUUGCUGAUGCUGAAAAUACACCUUUUAUACCCGAAGAAGCUCCAAUAUCUCUUAGCAGAAGUAAUUCUACGACUCCAAUUAAACGAUGGCCCGGGCUUCGACACGAACAUAGUAUCUCAAUGGCUGUGAUGGACGCUGGGAGAGGCGCCCAGUCUGUAGUCGGGUCAUCUUCAUCGUUCGAGGAAUGCAGCUCCAAAUCCGAGACGUUAAUGCACAAUUUGCCACCGCAUUUACAUGAAAUUUUUCGUAGAAGGGCAGGAAGUGCGGAAUCCAUGGUGGUAGGGAUGGUGGAACUGCUAUUCGAAUUGUAUCCUACCUAUUUUAGAAAUAAACCAAAGUCGGAUACAUUAAUAAAAGAGUUUCAUCCAAUUAUUAAGGAGAUGCAGGAAAAGUUCGAAGAAAGGUUGGAUUUUUCUGCUUAUCUAUUAACCCCAGUACAAAGACUCGGAAAAUAUAUUCUAUUUUUAGAGAAUAUAGAAAAACAAUUAGAAAAAUUAGAUUUACCUAUUGAAAAUACUCAAACUGCUUUGGUCAUCGUUAGAGAUGAAAUGUCUAAAGGAAAUGAUUCAGUCGCCAUUGAAUCCAUUGAACACAGUCCUAUUAGCAAAAUGGAUUACGGAUCAUUUAAAAUGAGAGAGAAAUUUAAUAUAAUCAAACCGAGAAAAGUGGAGGCGGCUAUGGUGUUCCUCUUCACCAAUGUGGUUGUCUUUUCAGUUACAGAUACGAGAAGUUUAGAAACAUUUUAUUACUACGACAGCAUAAAAAUGAACGACCUUAGAAUAGCUACAUUCGAUGAUUUGACAAUGCAUCUAACAGACUUUACGAAGAAAAAUUCAUUGAACAACACAGUCCUACAUCGAAGAAAAUAUAAAAUUAAUCGAAAUAGAAUAAAAUCUGCAGAUGGCCCGGGCUUCGACUCGCACGAACAUAGUGUCUCAAUGGCUGUGAUGGACGCUGGGAGAGGCGCCCAGUCUGUAGUCGGGUCAUCUUCAUCGUCCGAGGAAUGCAGCUCCAAAUCCGAGACGUUAAUGCACAAUUUGCCACCGCAUUUACAUGAAAUUUUUCGUAGAAGGGCAGGAGGUGCGGAAUCCAUGGUGGAACUGCUAUUCGAAUUGUAUCCUACCUAUUUUAGAAAUAAACCAAAGUCGGAUACAUUAAUAAAAGAGUUUCAUCCAAUUAUUAAGGAGAUGCAGGAAAAGUUCGAAGAAAGGUUGGAUUUUUCUGCUUAUCUAUUAACCCCAGUACAAAGACUCGGAAAAUAUAUUCUAUUUUUAGAGAAUAUAGAAAAACAAUUAGAAAAAUUAGAUUUACCUAUUGAAAAUACUCAAACUGCUUUGGUCAUCGUUAGAGAUGAAAUGUCUAAAGGAAAUGAUUCAGUCGCCAUUGAAUCCAUUGAACACAGUCCUAUUAGCAAAAUGGAUUACGGAUCAUUUAAAAUGAGAGAGAAAUUUAAUAUAAUCAAACCGAGAAAAGUGGAGGCGGCUAUGGUGUUCCUCUUCACCAAUGUGGUUGUCUUUUCAGUUACAGAUACGAGAAGUUUAGAAACAUUUUAUUACUACGACAGCAUAAAAAUGAACGACCUUAGAAUAGCUACAUUCGACGAUUUGACAAUGCAUCUAACAGACUUUACGAAGAGUAAGAAAAAACAGAAUACCAGUAGGUACACCUAUAUUUUAGAAUCUAAAUCUGAAAAAAUUUGGAAAACUUGGAAAGAUGCCAUCGAGAAGAUUUUGUGGGAUCAAUUGGUCAAAGCUAAAGAAAAUUCAUUGAACAACACAGUCCUACAUCGAAGAAAAUAUAAAAUUAAUCGAAAUAGAAUAAAAUCUGCAGAUAGUUUGAAUCUAUUUCAUCUGAAAACACCACAAAUUCCUAUCUUGUGCGCGAAUAACGAGCAAAGUGAGAAACCAAUGGACAAAACACUUGAAAAAUCAAAACUGCAUGAAAUACAUUUAAAUGAAAGUGAAGACACAAGAAUAGAGACAAACAAAGAAGAAAAGAAUACCGAAAAAAAAGACAGAGAAGAAAAAAAGGCAGAGAAGAAACCAAAUGAAAAGUCAAAAUCAACAACAAAUUCCACUUAUAGUACAUCCAACAGAGUUACAAGAAAAAAUAGUAACAAGUAA